UGAUAAGAACAUGCCAUUUUGAGUAACAUUCCAUGGCAUCGACCUCAGCCUCGCACUCACCCAAAUGGUCUGCCCAAGAAAACAAGGCAUUCGAGAAGGCGCUGGCUGUUUUUGACCAAGAUACCCCUAACCGUUGGGUUAACGUUGCCCGGGCUGUUGGGGGGCGGAUGCCAGAGGAGGUGAAGAGGCAUUACGACAUCCUCAUUGAGGAUAUCAAAUACAUUGACAGCGGGAAGGUCCCGUUUCCCAAGUACCGCACCACUAGAUCAACAAAAUUUAUGGAAUCCUGAAGACAUGGAAUGGAAGAUGGCAACAUAUUAAUUGGAGCAAUUAUAUAUGUAAUUUAAUUUUAUUAAUGUAUUGCUGCAGUAAUGUAAGGAGCAUGUAGGAGAU